GGCUUUCAGGUUGGUUACGCGAUGGCGGCUCUCUCCAUAAUAUAAGGAUUUUACAGCAAAAACUAAAGCUUCACCUUUCGGAGAGGCGUGUUGUUGUCUUGACUUGCACCCGGAAUGACAGCAGUAUCUAUUUGGCUCUUGUAGGAUGGAUCCAGACGGUGGGGCAGAUACACAAAAAGCUGUCAGUUUGCAGUGGAAGAGCUACAAACUUGUUCAGGACCCAACCAUCCGGCGUGUCUCACAGAAAAUCUACAGAUACGAUGGAGUACAUUUCAGUGUGCCAGACUCUGGAUUUCCUCCUGUGGGUGAACUACGGGACCCUAGACCCCGAAGACUGUGGUCCAGGUACACAGAAUUGUCCUUGCCAGUGCCGAAGUUUAAGCUGGAUGAGUUCUAUGUGGGUCCCAUACCCCUCAAAGAGGUGACCUUUGCUAGACUCAAUGAUAACAUCAAGGAGCCCUUCUUGGCAGAAAUGUGUGCCAAGUUUGGGGAGGUGGAGGAGAUGGAAAUCUUGUUUCACCCAAAGACCAGGAAGCACUUGGGCCUAGCCAGAGUGUUGUUUACCAGCACCAGAGGAGCUAAAGAUACAGUGAAGCAUCUACACAACACUUCUGUCAUGGGCAACAUCAUUCAUGCUCAACUGGACAUAAAAGGCCAGCAGAGGCAGAAGUAUUAUGACCUGAUAGUGAACGGGUCCUACACCCCUCAAACGGUGCCCCUGGGUGGCAAGGCUUUGACUGACAGGGUCCAGCCACCAACGCCAACACAGCCACAGCCUGAUACAUCAUCAGAAAUCAGACGAAGGCUCUCCAGUGAGCUUGCAGUUUUGGCAGCAGGCGUCCAGGCCCUCACAUCAGGAAGCAUCACCCCCUGCUCCUCAGACACUGGUUACAGUGAACCACGUCUAGACACGCCCCCUUCCUCGAUGUCUGGCCCCUUCACCCCAGGCUCCUCUGCUUCAUCACAGGGCGGUGGAACACCUCACAGCUCGAGAUCUGGGACUCCUUUCUCUCAAGAUUUAAGCUACAGCGGUGGCAGGCAUUCUGGCUACAACACUGGCACUUUAGGCAGUGGGUACCCUCCCCAGGACAUGCUUCCUUCUUCCUCCUCGUCCUCUGCGGUGUCAUCGACUGUCGGAGGAUACAAAGUGUCUCGCUACCCUGAGGAUGCACAGGAACCUGCAGUGUAUCAUCGAGGUCGCCCCAUGUACCCCCCAACCCCUUCAUACCGCUCCAAUGAGCCACCGUGCUACCCCACAUACCCAAGUGUUGGGGGGCCUGGACAGCACAUCGGGCACCACUCCGGGAUGCCUCCACCCCCCUUCACCACCCAGUACGAUCAGCCCCUCAUGUCAGAUAGGGACCGGGACCGUGACAGAGACUCAGGGGGCCGUUAUGCGGCCGGGGCAAUCGGCUCCAGAAGGUCAUCUUACCACCACCAGCAGGAGACAAACUCUUCCUCAAAGUACCAUUCCCAUCACUCCCAUCACCACACAGAGCGCAGGGAUGAGAGGGGGUACAGGCGAGACAGUCUGGGCUCUCGAUCAGGCGAUCACAGCCACCAGAGACACCGCAACCACCACCAUUCGCACAACCACCACAGCGGCAGCAGCCGCAGGAGGAGCAGCCAUGACCGGGACAGGGACAGAGAUCGAGACAGAGACCGAGAUCGAGACAGAGAUAGGGACAGAGACAGCGACUACUCAAACAGCUCUGACCCCAGAUACAACUCAAACUCUUACCGCUCCUCCUCCAACAGCAUGUCUCCUCCCCCCUCAUCGUACUCUGCAUACACCUCCUCCAAAGAACCCACCCCAGCCCCUCCUCAGGGAUUGGACGUUCCCUCCCGUCUGGCAGAGAGAAGCGCCCAGCCUUCAGUGGGUGCUGAGAAAGACUUUCACACUGGACACCACAGCGCACUGCCUCCACCACCCCCACCACCACCUCCGCUCCCACCAGCUUCUGUCAUCGCGGCAGCUGUAGCAGAGACACUCGGAACACUAGACUUCAACCAGGAUAGCCCUGCCCAUGAAGAGCAGUGGACAAAGCCCAAACGCCGUCCCAGCACGCCACCUGUGCCACCGAAGACGCCUCCACUUCCCCCUUCCUCCCCACCCCUCCCAUCUAUUCCUUCUUCCUCUACUUCCCCUUCUUCUACCUCCCUCCCCCAACAAGUCCCCUCCUCCUCCAGCUCCCCACCGCCCCCUCAACGUGACUCUUCCUCACCUGAGCCUGAUUCCACCAAUGAGAGUUUACCAUUUGUCUAUCACAGCAGCAGCCUUGACUCUCGUAUUGAGAUGCUCUUGAAGGAACAAAAGGCGAAAUUUUCUUUCCUCGCCUCUGAUGAGGAAGAGGAGGAAGAUAGAAAAGAGGACAAGCAAAGGGGCAGUCGUGGGGAUGGAGUAGAACGGAAAGAUGGGGUAGGUGAUUCAGUUGUGGAGCACACAGUGGAUAAUGAGGUGGGAAACGAUGAAGAGAAGGACCGUAGGAGGAAGGGGGAAAGAGACAGGGACGGACAUAGGGGAAGGAAACGUGGAAAAGGUGGAGAAGGUAGGAAAAGUCCAACUGUACUCCCAGCAACACCCUCCUCUUCAAACUUCUCUGCCCAUGUUCUGCCCCCAGUGGAACCCCAGCCUCAGGUUGGCCUCACUGGAACUGGAGCUCUGCAAGAGGAAUCUUCACAGUCUGGAUCUGCUGAUACACAGAGUAGGACAGGAGCACACACACCACCUUACAACGGACAAAGUCAGUCCUCCCCUCAUUCCUCAGGUGAAGACAUGGAGAUCUCAGAUGAAGAGGAGCUGGAGACCACCAUAACGACGGUGGACACCCACCAGCCCUCAGUCACCUCAGGUUCCUCGCCCUCUUCAUCCCAGGCUGCCAUGCCAUCCCAAACGGCAGACCCUUCAUCCUCACCCCCACCCAUCACUGACUCAACACAACACUUCAGCACCUCCAUGCACCCUCCCAUACCGUCCUAUCCUCCUCACUUGCCCCCUCCUCCUCCCCCUGGUUACUCCCUUCAGCCCCCACCCCCUCCAGGGAUCCCACCUCUCUCCCACAUGGAGCUACACCCUGAGUAUCCCCCUCCUAUUCCCCACCACAUGUAUGACUACGCCACCUCCAUGGAGCUGAUGAACCAGUACAGUGGAGGGGCUCCCAUGUCCUUCCAAAUGCAGACCCACAUGCUGAGUCGGUUACACCAGCUGCGUAUGUCGUCAGCUAACGGCACCCAGGGUCCUGGUGAGGCAGCAACUGCAGACUACUCCUCCUAUCACCUCCACUCUAUGCCCCCACCCCACACACACCACCCCUACAUGGACCAAGAGGGCAGUGGGGCAGGCUCCCAUUAUGACCAGGACCACCGCUACAUGCCACCCCACAUACCAUACCCCUAUGCUGACCCCCACAGCACUCAGAUACCUCCCCCUCCACAUCACGGAAUACCUCCUCCCCAUACCGGGUGGCCGCCACAUGUUUUACCACCACACUACCCCUCUUACAUGCCUCCGCCUGGCUAUGGCACCAUGCUGCCCGGGGAUGGAGGCGAGUACAGGGCUCCUGGGGAGGAGUUGCCUAUGCUGGUUGAGAAUCCACACGAGGCCACGGUACAGAUGGUCCUGUCGAAUCUGAUCCAAGAAAUGAAAAACAUCAUGCAGAGGGACCUGAACCGCAAGAUGGUAGAGAAUGUUGCUUUUGCAACUUUUGAUGAGUGGUGGGAUAGAAAGGAGACCAAGGCCAAGCCUUUCCAGACAAUGGUCAGGGGGGUGUCCGCCCUACGGGAUGAUGAGAAGAAAGAGGAGAAGGUGAACCGUCCGCGGGAACCUCUCACGUCAUUGGUAGAUUGGGCAAAGAGUGGUGGUAUGGAGGGAUUUUCUCUUCGAGGAGCUUUACGGUUGCCAUCCUUCAAGGUGAAAAGGAAAGAACCUCAAGAGCUUCAGGAGGGAGACCUGAAAAGGCCACGGCCUUCAACCCCACCAGACGAGGAUGACGAAGCCACGGAGGGAAGGAUGCCAGAGGCAGACAGGCGUGGAGCUGAAAGGGACAACAAGAGGAGGAAGAAGAAGCCAAGAAGUCGUAAACCGUGGGAGCUCGGUAGUGAGGGAGAAGAAACCUCUGAUGGGUCCUCAACAGAGAAGGAGGAUGAAGAAGAGAGUGAAAAAGAAUCUGAUGAUGAUGCCCUUAGUGCUGACAGUGAUGACGAGAGCCUAUCCUCAUCCUCUGAGGGCUCUUCUUCUUCAACAUCCUCCUCUUCCUCAUCCUCUGAAGAUGAGGAUGAAGGAGAAGGAGAGAGGGUGGAGAGCGAAGAGCCGGACUCCAUGGAUGAGUCGACCAUGGACAGCACGACAGAAAAGGAGGAUGACAGGGAAAUGAUCACAGCUGCUGUUCCAAAAACUGAAGUCAAACCAGGUGACAUCAAGGACAUCAAAGCAGAUACAACCACACCACCCACCAAGCGUCCUUCGUCGCCCCCAUACCCACGUCCUUCAUCACCUGUCGUUCUCGUGCCCCCUCUAAAGAAACGCAGGAAGACUGUCUCGUUCUCCACUGGCGAGAAUGACAGCAAACCCCCGCUGCCAUCUGCACCUCUAUCUCCAUCUCCUUCUCCUUCCCAGCUGGUGCCUGAAUCUCCUCUCGUCUCCCCCAGCAGGCCUCCAGACUCCCCCAUCACUGCUCCCACAACUCCUCCAGCUCGUGCCACUCAGGGCAUACAACUUCUUCCCUUUGCAUCCAAACCUGGUGAAGGCAACGCCCUUAUCGUGCCACCGCCUGGACGAAUCCACGAUUCUGAUGAGUACAAAAAGGGACCAGCCAUAUCCCCUCAGACAACUCCUGUCAAAUCCCCCGGAAAACGAGGUGCAGGUAAAGAGUCGCCCAAAUCUCCUGCUCCUCCUCCUGUUAUGGUGUGUCGCACUGUGCAGAACCUGCCCUUGGACCACGCCUCCAUGUGCAGGAUGGCCUUCGAGGAGGCCCCCCCUCCACCUCCAGUCAACAAACGGUCCAGAGGCAGGCCUCGGACAACCAGCCUCUCUGCAUCUUCUCUCCGAGAGGAGGAUGACGAGGAUGAAAAUGAGCAGAGGUUAAGACUCAGAGAGCAGCUCGGGGCAUCAAGCCUCCUUCAGCUUGCCUCUGCUUCAGCCACUGACUUGUCUGUGCUGGCUGACGUAGCUCUGAAAAUGGACCCUGAGGCUGGGGACUCAGAGGAGACGGAGACAUCUGAUGAGGCGGAGGAGCAGAAGAUGGAGGAACUCCUCUCAUCAGGGUCAGUGUCUCUAUUGAUGAGCCCAGAGGGUCUCAUUGUUCUAAUGGAGCACAACUACUGCAAACCUCCUGUUUUCACAGCACCAGCUGGUUCAAAAAGGACUUCCAAAGCAGACUCGUCCAUCUUGCUCCCAACAGACCUCAACGCUAUGUCUGGGGUGCUUGAAGCUCCAGAGGAGGUCAUUGGAGAUGCACUGCCACCCAGGGGAGAUACAGGGGAAUACUUACCUACGAUGGGGGUGCUUUGCGAGUCAGAGGAUUCAGGUCAGGCUGCAGCUCUUUCUCCAUCAUCAAAGAAGAUCAGAGCCAGCAAAGGGUUUGAACUUGAAAAGGACAAGAGCAAAAAGAGAAGGAGAAAAGACAAAGAGAACCUGGAGGUUGACCGCACAAAAAAGCAGAAGGAGCAGCCAGGCAAGAAACAGAGGAAGCGGAAACUAGAGGACUCGGAGGAAGACGUCGACGUGGAAGAACUUGAAUCUGGGGAGCUGUCCAGCUCAGACACAGAGGACGAGGUGGUGGAAGAGGUGAGGAAGAGCGAGCGCCUCUUUCUGCAGGAGGCUGGGGUAACAUCAUCCCAACGCUGGCCCAAGCCUAUCCCAGCGCCAGAGCCUUUGCCCAAGAAGUUUGAAAACCGCAGCGAGUUUGAGCAGAUGACCAUUCUGUACGACAUCUGGAACUCCGGUCUGGAUGGCGAAGACCUGACUUUGCUUAAGAGGACAUAUGAGAAGCUGCUUCAGGAGGACCACAGCUCUGACUGGCUCAAUGAUACUCACUGGGUCAGCCAUACAGUUACCAAUUUGCCGAACCCUCGGCGAAAGAAGAAGAACGCCGGUGGACAGCUUCGUGAGCAUGUAACGGGUUGUGCAAGGAGUGAGGGCUACUACGCCAUCAGCCGCAAAGAAAAGGACGUGUAUCUGGACCUGGACCUUCCUGAGCAGGUCAUACGGGAGGUGGAGAAUGUUGACACCUCGGGAGCAAACCGGGUUUUAUCAGAGAGACGUUCAGAGCAGCGCCGCCUCCUCACCGUCAUCGGUGCUACGGCUGUCAUGGACUCUGAUCUGCUCAAACUCAACCAGCUCAAGUUCCGUAAGAAGAAGCUUCGUUUUGGACGCAGCAGGAUCCACGAGUGGGGUCUGUUCGCAAUGGAGCCCAUUGCUGCUGAUGAAAUGGUCAUUGAGUAUGUGGGUCAAAACAUCAGACAGAUGGUGGCGGACAAUCGAGAGAAGCGUUACGCUCAACAGGGCAUCGGCAGCAGUUACUUGUUCAGAGUGGACCACGACACGAUUAUAGACGCCACCAAAUGUGGCAACCUGGCCAGAUUCAUUAACCACUGCUGCACUCCAAACUGCUACGCCAAGGUCAUCACCAUAGAGUCGCAGAAAAAGAUUGUGAUUUACUCCAAGCAGGCCAUCGCUGUCAACGAAGAGAUCACUUAUGAUUACAAAUUCCCUCUGGAGGAAAACAAGAUCCCUUGUCUGUGUGGAACAGAGAACUGUCGUGGAACAUUAAACUAGUGGGGAGGCUUCUCUCUCUUUCACUCGCCAAAUCCCCGUUGGUUCACCCUCCUAAUAGUUUACCACCCUCUGAUACCCCCCUCCCACUCCUCCAGCUGGCCAAACUGUCCUCACAAUACCCAGGAAAACCACACACUUGCACUUUUUAUUCUUUCUCUCGGCGGUUACACAAUCCAGCAUAUGAGGGGUUCGUGUUACCUGGCAUGUAAAAGCAUUGAGGGGGGUUCUGUUUCAUCAUUCUGUGGCAGUAUUGUUUGACUUGACUGGAUAAUGAGUUCCAACUGAGUCGCUCCGUGCAGCCUGGCAUCAAAGGUCUUUCUAUAUCCAUGCUAAUAUCCGUUUGAAGGAACACGAUGAAGACCGACAAUGUAACACACUGUUUUUUUUGUUUUUACACGUAAUCCACACCUCAAUCCUUCUUCAAAUGUCAAAUCCCGCUCCCUUACCCCCCCAGAUCCGCACACUGACGCACAGGAAUCUCAGAAAAAUUCAGGGUUUUUAAAAUUGCUUCUUAAGGGCGCACUUUUAAGAUACAAAAAUUUCAAUUUGGUCUUCAGUUAUGCAAGAUUUCCAAGUGUUAAGAUUGUUUUGAGUGUUUCUUUUACUUUCAUUUCAUAGUAUUAUAUAUUAAUAUUACUAUUGCUGUUAUUAAUGGUAUUUAGUUGCAUUAGCUGUAUCUAAACAGUGAAAUAAACUUCACUGUACCCAUCCACUGCCUUCAGUGGCUUGUGAAUCACCAGCCCUAUAAAACUUCCCUUCUUCACUGUGCGUUAUUCUCCUGAUUUGCCACAACCUUCUGUUUGAAUGAGACAAGGUCCCUAGAUUCAUUGUUUUUAACCCAACAUGGAAAUAUUAAGUUAAUUUGUAGCUAAUGGUGCAUUUUGUUUUUACAUGGCUGCUGAAAUCUGUCUGCAGGAGUAUCAGUCUGUUUCUUAUUUUUCUGUUCUCCCACAUUUUUAAGCUUUCAGCAACAAGUUUUGUUUGCAGGUCUCUUGUGUUUGUUUGUAGGAUCUAUUUGUUUGUUUGGUCUCUAUUUCCCUGGUAGUUUUACUCAUUUGAUUUCAUCAGCAAAUGUCAGACAAGUAUUUCACUAGGUUGCAAAGUCCCAAGUUUUUGCUUUAACUGUUGAACUCCUGCAGGUUCGCUAAAAACAGUGCAGACAGUGUUUAACUCUGUCAGUUUGUGUGCAACAAAUGUUUUUAAAAGGCACAUUUUAAUUAGAUCUGGUCCCUUCAAAGAUUUAGCUUAGUAGAGUUUCUUUACCCCCUCUGUUUUAUAGGACUCCCAGGAUGAAUUAGUGUAUAUUUUAUUUGAUUACUGAGUUAUUCACCCCAUGCAAAGCAUCCCUCACUGAAAAUGAAUCAGCUUCAGGCAAACAAUGUCCCACUUAAAUUCUGUUUGCAGUUUAGAUGGCUGGAAGGUAUUUAUAGUGAAUUUUCAGCAGGUUUUUCUGAGGCUGCAGACAGAGGGAUGCGCAUAUCCCAUAUGUUGUGUCAUGUUUUUCAUUUGGCUAUGGCCGUCCAAAGUUUAAACUUUCACCUUGACUAGCUAAAGACUCUAUUUUGUUCCCUCCCAAACAGGAAAUGUGUAAAAUAUUUUUUUGUUGCAAUGAAAGCCUUUCAGUACAAACCAACCCUUACUGACAACAGGAUAAAAAGAUGAAAGAAAAAAAAAAAUCAAAGUUAAUGUAAAUAUUGUAGAGGUGUUUGUUUCUCGUAGAAACACACUGAUUUCAAGCUGUAAAUAUGUCGUUCCUUUUUCCUCUCUCCAUGAGGAGGAAACAUGUACAUACCUUCCAUUCAUUUAUUUUUUAUUGUUUUUUCCUUUUAAUUUGAUGAUUAUUUUAAUAUUAUUUGCAAUAUUUCUCUUGUAUUAAUGCGUUGGACCCUUUAUUAAUGGUGCAUUAAAAUAUUUUUAAAUAAAU